AUGCGCAGUGUGUGGAAGGUGAUUGACGCAUGCGCGGUGUGUGGGAGCUGCUCUCAUUAUAAAGCCCAGUUUCGCUGUCUCCUUCCACCUUCAGCCAUUUUAACCAUGCUCGGAGCUCUGGGACGCUGCUGCACCGGGGCACUGCAGGCCCUGAAGCCUGGAGCCCAGCCCCUGAAGGCUCUGGUCGGAUCCCCGGCCGUCCUCUCACACCGAAACUAUGUUGCUCCUGCUGCCGCAGCAGCCGUAGCCAGUGGCAAGAUCGUGGCUGUCAUUGGAGCCGUGGUCGACGUCCAGUUCGAUGAGAACCUUCCUCCCAUCCUCAAUGCCCUGGAAGUAGCUGGCCGCGACUCUAGGCUUGUCCUGGAGGUGGCACAGCAUCUUGGGGAAAACACAGUGCGAACCAUUGCCAUGGACGGUACUGAGGGUUUGGUCCGUGGACAGCAAGUACUGGACACUGGUGCUCCCAUUAGAAUUCCUGUCGGCCCUGAGACCUUGGGCAGAAUUAUGAAUGUAAUUGGUGAACCAAUCGAUGAGAGGGGUCCCAUCUCAACAAAACAGACUGCCCCAAUUCACGCAGAGGCCCCUGAGUUCACAGACAUGAGUGUGGAGCAGGAGAUCCUUGUCACUGGUAUUAAGGUUGUUGACCUGCUUGCUCCUUAUGCCAAGGGUGGAAAGAUUGGUCUCUUUGGUGGUGCUGGUGUUGGCAAGACUGUGUUGAUCAUGGAGCUUAUCAACAAUGUGGCCAAGGCCCAUGGUGGUUACUCUGUGUUUGCUGGUGUGGGAGAGCGUACUCGUGAGGGAAAUGACUUGUACCAUGAGAUGAUUGAGUCUGGUGUCAUUAACCUGAAAGACACAACCUCAAAGGUGGCGCUGGUGUACGGACAGAUGAACGAGCCCCCAGGUGCCCGUGCCAGAGUGGCUCUUACUGGCCUGACUGUGGCUGAAUACUUCCGUGACCAAGAAGGUCAAGAUGUGCUUCUGUUCAUUGACAACAUCUUCCGCUUCACACAGGCUGGUUCUGAGGUGUCUGCCCUUCUGGGACGUAUCCCAUCAGCUGUGGGAUAUCAGCCAACUCUGGCCACUGACAUGGGAACCAUGCAGGAGAGAAUCACCACCACAAAGAAGGGUUCUAUUACAUCAGUGCAGGCCAUCUAUGUGCCGGCUGAUGACUUGACGGAUCCUGCCCCAGCCACUACCUUUGCUCACUUGGACGCCACCACUGUGUUGUCUCGAGCCAUUGCUGAGCUGGGAAUCUACCCGGCUGUGGAUCCCUUGGACUCCACCUCUCGUAUCAUGGACCCAAACAUUGUCGGCUCUGAACAUUAUGAUGUUGCCCGUGGAGUACAGAAAAUUCUUCAGGAUUACAAAUCUCUGCAAGAUAUCAUUGCUAUCCUGGGAAUGGACGAGUUGUCUGAGGAGGACAAACUGACAGUGUCCCGCGCCCGCAAGAUCCAGAGGUUUUUGUCACAGCCAUUCCAGGUGGCUGAGGUCUUCACUGGACACAUGGGAAAGCUGGUGCCACUGAAGGAGACCAUCAAGGGCUUCCAGUCCAUUCUUGCAGGUGAGUAUGACGCUCUACCUGAACAGGCCUUUUACAUGGUGGGUCCCAUUGAAGAAGUUGUCCAGAAAGCAGAGAAGAUGGCUGAGGAGCUAGCUUAA